GCCCCCGCCCCAGAAGGCCUCGCAGGGAUCAGGCCCACGCGUCGCGAGCGGAGUCCAGUAGCUCGUCCCCGCCGCAGCAUGAGCGUCCCCGCCGCGCCCCCCAUCUUCGCCCCCGGCGAGAACUGCAGCCCCGCGUGGCAGAUGGCGCCCGCGGCCUACGACGCGGCGGACAUGCACCUGCAGAUCCUGGGCAAGCCGGUGAUGGAGCGCUGGGAGACCCCCUACAUGCACGCGCUGGCGGCCGCCGCCUCCUCCAAAGGGGGCCGGGUCCUGGAGGUGGGCUUCGGCAUGGCGAUCGCAGCUUCCAGGGUGCAAGAGGCCCCCAUCGACGAACACUGGAUCAUCGAGUGCAACGACGGCGUCUUCCAGCGCCUUCAGGACUGGGCCCAGCGGCAGCCACACGAGGUGGUUCCCUUGAAAGGCCUGUGGGAGGAGGUGGCCCCUACCCUGCCAGACGGCCACUUUGAUGGUAUCCUGUAUGACACCUACCCCCUGUCCGAGGAGACCUGGCAUACCCACCAGUUCGCCUUCAUCAAGGACCAUGCCUUUCGCCUGCUGAAGCCCGGGGGCAUUCUCACCUACUGCAACCUCACGUCGUGGGGGGAGCUGAUGAAGUCCAAGUACUCGGACAUCACCACCAUGUUCCAGGAGACGCAGGUGCCGGCCCUGCUGGAAGCGGGCUUCAGGCGGGAGAACAUCCACACGGAGGUGAUGGAGCUGGUCCCGCCGGCCGAGUGCCGCUAUUACGCCUUCCCUCGGAUGAUCACGCCCCUGGUCACCAAGCACUGAGCCCGCCUGGGCCUCCGGCUUGACCACGGGGGGGCCGCAGUCCCAUCCCCGUGCCCCGCUCGGUGCCUUCGCAGUCGGGAGUGCAGGCUCUGGGCUCUCGUGGCCCUGGGUUCAAGUCCCGGCCCACACCCGCAGUGGGACGCAGGGCCAGCUUCCCUGACCUUCCCUGCGGGGGGAUACCGCUACCUUCCUCUCAGGGGCACCGAGGGUGAAAUAAACACGAACACUGGGCUUGCCCGGCACAGUGCGCCGCA